UUGUUUGUAUGCCUCAGCUAGAUAUAUAAGAUAGAAUCUCUGCAGGCCAAACUUGCAAAGAUGCCAUGACCUAACUUUGUCCUAUCCUAGAAUUUUGUGCAUAACUACAGAGGCAGCAUCAGCAGAAGCCAGAGAGGAUCAAAAUGGAUGGCCAACUCUCACACGAACUGGAGUUGAACGUGCCGGCAAGUGAAGCGUGGGAGGUUUAUAGCACGCUUAAGCUGGCAAAACUUGUUGAAGAACAGCUUGAUGCCAUUGAGAAAGCUGAAGUUCUUGAAGGCGAUGGCGGUGUUGGAACAAUUAUCAGGCUUACUUUUGCUCCAGGCAUUCAAGGGCCGGUUGGUUACAAAGAGAAGUUCACCAAGGUCGACAACGAGAAUCGCGUGAAAGAAACAGAAGUGGUUGAAGGUGGGUUUCUGGAGUUGGGAUUCACUCUGUACAGGGUCCGGUUUGAGGUCAUAGAGAAAGGAAAAGACUCUUCCAUCAUCAGAAGCACAAUCGAGUAUACUGUCAAGGAAGAGGCAGCUGCUAAUGCUUCGUUUGUCAGUAUCGAGCCACUCGCAGACAUUGCUGAACUUGUCAAAAGCCACCUCGCCAAGAACAAAACAAGUUAAAAAAGCAGUGUUAUGUAUGUAAUCUGACAAUUGUACUAAAUAAGGUUGUGUUUAGCCACCAAAGGGAACGAGAACCGGAAAGGGGAGAAGGCCGGAAAUAGGAGAAGGAUGAUCCUGUAAGCAUUACCUUAUAUAUAUCUAAACACAUUGUUUAUCAAGACUCAUUGCAAGUGAUGUUUUACCAUUUGUUGUGAAGAAAAAGUGCACAUAAUCCCGAUUCUCAGCUGCUAUACUUUCGGCAGUACAAUUGUGCAGAAGAGAUCACAAAAAAGAAAAAUCUCUACAAGACCACCAGGAUUUGACUCCACAUUUA